UUAAAUUUUUGGAGACAAAAAAAGUUUUGCCUGGGCAGGUUGAACAACAAGAUGGAUCCAGUAACACUGUGGUGUAUCGGUUUUACAGUGACACUGUUAUUAUUUAUUGUUGCCAUCAUUUAUGUACGUUUGAACUUUGGAAGAUGUUUAAGUAAGGCUGAUUUGUCUGGUAAAACCGCUAUUGUCACUGGCGCCAACACAGGUAUUGGUUAUUAUACUGCUUUAGAUUUCGCCACUAGAAAUGCUAGAGUUAUAUUGGCUUGUAGAAAUAUAAAGAAGGCUGUUGAAGCUCAAAAACGUAUUAUAGAGGAGACAGAUAAUGAAGAGAUCAUAGUAAAAGAAUUAGAUUUAAGUUCUAUGAAAUCUGUCCGGAAUUUUGUUAGAGAAAUAUUAGAUGAAGAACCUGAAUUACAUAUUCUUGUUAAUAAUGCUGGAGUUUUAGGAAUGCCAAAAAUAAUAACAGAAGAUGGUUUGGAAAGUAUGUUUGCAACGAAUCAUUUUGGACCAUUUUUAUUGACCAAUUUAUUAUUAGAUUUAUUAAAAUAUUCAGCUCCUAGUAGGAUUGUAAAUGUUUCAUCAUUGGUCAACACCAUGGGAAGAAUAGAGUUUGAUAAUUUACGAGCAGAAAAAUAUUUUAAUUAUCAUCGAAUAUAUUUUGAUAGUAAAUUAGCCAACAUUUUUUUUACGAGAGAAUUAGCAAGAAGAUUGGAAGGAAGUGAUGUUCUUGUAAAUUGUCUUCACCCUGGCACAAUUCAAACAGAACUGUUACGUAAUUUACCAUCUAUAUUCCGAUGGCCUAUUACGCUUAUUGGGAAAUUUUUCUUUAAGAACUGUGAUGAAGGAGCACAGACCAGUAUAUAUUGUGCUGUUAGUGAAGAGGUUGAAGGUAUCAGUGGAAAAUAUUUUGUUGAUUGUGCAUUGGCAGAUCAUGCAGCAAAUAAGAUAUCACAAGAUCCAGGAAUUGCCAAGAAACUAUGGGAAAUUAGUGAAAAAUAUACAGGAUUAGUGGCAUAGGCAUAUGAGCCAGCGGGGCAAAGGUUUUGGGUCGGGGGGGGGGGGGCAGAUAGCUUUUGGGCAAUCUGACUUUUUGGGCAGACGUGUAAAGUGAAAACAAAAAUUAUUAUUUCAUCUAGUUGGUAAAAUAAAGUGCCUGAAGUCUGACAAAACCACACAGCUUGGAUUAGCAGGAAAAAAUGUUUGCGGUCGUCAAAUUUUCCAAAUUAUCUUUGUGGGGUGGGGGUGGGGGCUACAUCGAAAGCUCUGCGCCUCUCGCAGAUGACUGUAACCUGACAUUUUGUCAGGCAAUUCAGGUUCUGCCCCCCUCUGUACAUUCAUGGAGCCUGUAGGCCUAUGUUUAGUGAAAUGGAAUACAUAUAAUUUGUCAACUAGUAAAGGCCAUAAAUAAGAAUUUACUUUGUGACAGGAUUAGUGCACUGAAAUAAACAUAAUUUGUCAAUUAGUAAAGGCCAUGUAAAGAAUUUACAUUAUGAGAGAUGAUAGUUACCUGUUCAAAUUCAAAUACAUGGAAAUUAUUCUAUACCCAUAUUUGACUGGCAACUGGCAAGCCAUGUUUGUUACAUUAUGCAUUCCCUAUAUGUCUCGUGGAAUAUUUUUUCAUUUAAUUAUUCGUUUUUAUUAUGGAUUUUUCAUUAUUUUUUUUAUGAUUUGAAAUCAAACCAGCAGUUGCCAGCAAGAUACGUCCACAUUUUGCAAGAGAUGGAUAUAGAAAAAGCUAAAAAGUAAUUAUUUGUACAAUCAGGGGAGAUAAUCCAGGAAUUUAUAAUCUGAAAUGCGCGAAUGUCAAAAGGGGCUGAGAUAUUUGAGAUAUAAAGAUAUAUUUUAAGUUUCAGCGAAAUCGGAUAAAAAUUGUGACUUCUAGAGGGUCCACAAUCUUGGUAUUACAUAUUGUUACACUAUUUGCAUACAAGGAGCAGCUAUUUUGUCUGGCAGUUUGGGUCAGAUUUUUACCUACAUUGAUGUUUAGCAGUGAUAUAUUUAAACGUUUUUUAGAAUUGAAUACAAAUUGAAUACAAAUAGCAGGUCCACAUCCUAAAAAAAUGUGAUUUUUCAAACAAUUGGGGGCAAUAAUCCAGAUAGUUAUGAUCCGAUAUGCACGAAUAUCGAAAGGAACCAAGAUCUUUGGGUCAUUAACAUCUAUUUGUAGUUUCAUUAAAAUCGAAUCAAAAUUGUGACCUCUAGAGGGUCCACAACCUUGAUAUACCAUAUACAUGUAUUUACACUGUUGAAGAAAUGUAGUUCAUUUGUUAUUGUUGUAAGAUAUCAGGGAUUUUAAAAUUUUAUACAUUUAAACAACUAUUCCCAACCCCUUGGUCAAGAAAGCUCCUCAGGUUUUUUUCUGGCAUAGUGCAGGACGGAUGGCCUGGCAAGGUGCAGUGUCUAGUCAUCUAGAUGGUACAAAAAAUGAGGAUGUUAAACCCUAUUUUAUUCAAUCAUUUAUUCGUUGAUUCCAGACCCUGAUGUAUGAUUCUAAUAAAACAGUAAAUCUGGGGCCUGUUUCACGAAAUUUUAACUAAGAUGAAAUCCAGAUUUUAGUAAUUUGAUUGGAUAAUAUUAGAUUGAUUUUAGUGCUAUAGCCAAUCAAAAUUGAAGUAUCUACUAAAAUUGGAUUUUAUCAUUAGUUAAAAUUUUGAGAAACAGGGUCCUGGUCAUUUUUACUGUGGUGAGUAUAUUUUUGUAUGGUUUAAUGUAUAAAUGUGAUACGAAGAAUAUUUAGGAUUUGUAGUAUAACAUUUAGACUGUAUUACUAUAUUAGAUUGUCAUUUAAGAAUCACCGAGCAUUAAAUAUGUACCAUAAACUGUGUUUAGAUGACAAUUGUAGUCUGAUCCCAAAUAAAUUGUU